UUAUAAAUUGGUGAAGAACAAGGAAGUUGGUAAACAAACAGUAGUUUUAUUGGUCAGUCACUAAUUAGAUGUCAAAGUUAAGCAUCAAAAUACUUUAGCCUGAAACAAACAUUGAUAUAUGACACUAGUGUAAUGUAAUAAUUUCUAAUGACAUUUUCUAGGAAUUCCACCUUUAAUUUAAAAAGUGUUUCAGACUGAUUACGUAGACGUUUUUUAAAUGCAAAAGGAAAUUGUAUAAAUGCAGUGACAUUGCAAAGUACUUUUAGAUGUUUGUUAUUGGAUUUCUUAUGCUGCUUUUAGUAUUUCAAAAGUGUUCUAGAAGUUAAGAAAACUAAUGUCUAGGGCAGUGCAUUCACGAGACUUUAAAAGUAGUUUAACUAGGUCUGAUUCAAAGCUUUAAAUAAACCCUGCAGGCCAGCCUGUACGCAGUUCAGAACAGCGUGGUCCUCUGACGCUGUAUGUUCUAGAUAUGGCUGCACAGCAGGCUUGCAGAGUGAAAAAAAACAGAUGGCUGACGGCACUCGUUUCAGAGGACGCGAGUGCUCGUCUCUCCCGAGUUAGUUCAGGGCUUGCAGCGGUGAGCUGGGUUUGAAUAAUAACUGGACUUUGCAAAAUUGGGAGAAUAUUGGAAAAUUAAUAAAAAAUAAUUGAUAAAAAAAAAAAAAGUUUUGGCUGCUUCCUUCAUCUGUGUACAUAACACUGACGAGAAGGCACUGAACACAUUGUUUGCAGUAGGGAAUGAGGACACAUGGUUUCUUGGUCAUCUAUUGCACUUGGUAAAAGAUUCUUGGAUGUUAAGGGUUGACCUUAUUGUACAUUCAAAAAACUAAAACCUGUUUAGCCGGUGGUAUUUGUAGCUAGGUAUAACCCUGUUGUGAAAACAUACAUCACCUUUAACAUAAGCACAUAAGCCAUGCUCACAUCAUCUCAAAGAACUCAUUCCUACAAGCACGUCCACGCUGGAUUUAUAUAUAUAUAUAAAAAAAAGAGCAAGACGUUUUAUGAUGGCAUCUUUUGGCCUUCAGAUUUUGGGCAUUAUCCUAGCUGUGAUUGGAUGGGUUGGAACAUUUGUAAUCUGUGCUCUGCCCAUGUGGAAGGUGACGGCUUUCAUCGGCAGCAACCUUAUUUCAUCUGAGGUCUUCUGGGAGGGUCCCUGGAUGACCUGUGUGGUGCAGAGCACUGGAGGAAUGGUGUGCGACACUUACGACAGUGUGCUGGAUCUCCCUCCAGAUCUCCAGGCAGGCGAAAUCAUGGUUGUGGUUUCUAUUUUCGUUGCCACCAUAGGUCUCGCGAUGUCCUUUGUUGGAGGAAAGUGCACUAACUGCCUGAAGGACGAGUCUGUCAAAGCCAAAAUCUGCAUUGUCUCAGGCAUCAUCUUAAUCAUUGCUGGAGUCCUGACCUUGGUCCCUGUCUGCUGGUCUUCUGUCACCAUCAUCCAGGAGUUCUACAACCCUUUGAUUCACGAUGCCCAAAGAAGGGAGCUGGGCGCUUCAUUGUACAUUGGAUGGGGUUCUGCUGUUCUUCUGAUUAUCGGAGGAGGUUUGCUCUGCAGCAGCUGCCCCCCUCGGGAUAACCAGCCCUACUCUGCUAAAUAUUCUGCUGCCAGAUCUACAGCUGCAAGCAAGGCAUAUGUAUACAACUUACCUUAAGCUGAAGAAGGAAGGUUCUUUUAUUUUUAGUUGUAGUUUCUUUUAUUCCUGAUGGUUAUCUUUUUCAGUCUACCUCUCACUUUGCAUGUCUAUAACUGUAUUUUACUUGGAUAAGAUAAAGGGGUUGGGGUCGGUAACCUAGGCUCUUCCAUUACUUUCUAUUAUAGGGCUUUGUUUCAGCAAGCGCCUAAUUAUUCAUUUGACCCCAAUCAAUCCACUACAGGGAGGUUGAACAAAAAUACUGCAUACAGUCUGUGUGAUUGUCUUGUUCUAAAACAACGUUCUGAAAAUGCUGGGCAUUUCGUUGUGUAGCUCCACAGAAGCUGGAAUACAAUUGAUAAAGAAAUAUUGUAUUUUAAAAUGUUAUAUACAGUACAUAGAAAUUCAAGAAAAGAAGAAAUCAAGUGAAUAUAUACACCAAAAAACAUACAGCUAUGGCCAAAGGGUUUGCAUUACCCUGUAGAAUUAACUGUUUUUGCUUCAUAAAGUCCAAUGAAACUUGCUGAAUAAUGUUAUGUUAACAUAUUGAAUUACAUACUGCUUUGUAGUUCUCUGUACACUUACCAAAAACUUGACAAAAACUGAAAAAAAUCUAACAUGAAAUACUGUACUACGAUUAGACUUUUGCAAUAUAAUUUUGUAGUUUCUUUGAUUGCAUGAUAUUCAAUAAAAUAUCUAGAUUAUGUUCAUUAUAGUUAUUUAAAUUAUGUCUGAAACCUAAAAUUCUAGGUGAUGCUAAACUUUUGGCCAGAGCUGUACCAUAGUAUUCUGACAUCAAAACUAACAAGUGUCAAUUCAAACUGGAAUGACAUUUUAAUUGUUUGAUUAAUGUUGAGUUAUAACUGAUUCUGACUGGCUAACACAAAUACAAAUCCUUUAACAACUGAACAAAGAAGACAAAGUGUUACUGGCUAAAAGAACUGGGUCUCGUUGCAGUGCCUAACUAACAACAAGAUUGAUAUAAUUUAGUAUCAUAUCAAGGUGGUACUGUACUAGGGAACGAGCAUUGAUAAUUAUUGCUAUCACUGUGGUUAAAUAAUAUAUGGAAUAUAAGUAAAUGAAGCAUUUUUUCCAGUAAUGUGUUUAAAACAUAGUUCUGAAACAACCCUUAAUGGAAAGUUUUGAAUGUUACAGAAAUGGUGAAUUUUCAAAUAAAAAAACAACAGAACAAA